AUGCUGUUGUGCAACCGAGGAGGAUCCGACCAUGCCUGCUGCCGCGACCAGAAGACGAGGGCACGGUGCGACUCGGGCGAGAGGCUGGACCAGCUUGCUGAGGUUGCUGCUGACAUACAUGGCGGGCGAGGCGGGUCGCGUUAUGACGACGUUGGCGUUGUUUUUGUUGAUGUUGUUGUUGUGGUGGGUGUCGCGAUAAGUGAGGAUGGUUCGAGGAGCAAACGGCAGGAGUAUGCACCAAAAACGUCGGUUGGCGGCCUCGCCUGGGAUGCGAGAGCGUGUCAAGAGAUCUGUUUAAAGGGGAUCGUGACAGGCAUCGGAUCAGGCAAGACAGGCUAUCACUGGCCGCGCGGGCAUAGGCCAACAAGUCAUCACGGUCCUGUCUGCAGAUCUUCCUACGCCUGGGACCAAGACGAUACGACCCUCGAAUACCCCGCCUCACCCAAGGCCUUUACACGUCUCAUCAACGGCGACAGGGCAUGGCAGCACCUCGUCCGAGUCGUCAUCGCCGUCGUCGUUGUCGGAAAAAGGGCUGCGACAGUCUGGGCCGUCAUCCGCGCCUGGGCUGCUGUACCGUACCCUGGAACAACUGUUAUCUGCGUAACUAUUUGCCCAGCGUGGUGGACACAACAAGCCCCUGGUCAUGUGCCUCUGCUGCGAAUGCGAGCGUGGGCGUGGGGAGAACGAGUCGUUCUGGCGUGCACAAGACACUACAUAGCACCGUCGCACCCUCGGCCACCAAUCUCAGCUGCAUGUGCGCGCAACCAGCACACCGACAAAUUCUCCAUAGCGCCGCGCCAUGGUGCCCCCAGGCGCCGUGCUUGCACAUGGGCAUCAGCGAUACUUUCUUCCUCUGGGCAGCAGCAUGUCAUGGACACAGUUAUUUACAUACAUUGCGUCGCUGCAAGGAAUUCGCCGCACACCAAGCAUGCCCAGCGCUGGCCUGUUGUUCCUGCACAUGGGCAGUGA